AUGAUGGCAGCCCCGCGCCACGCGUCGCUCACGGGCGCUCGCACCGCCGCUCGGCCGGCCCUGGCGACGGCUGCGUCGGCGCUGUCAGCAGGACCGCAGAGGAAGGCCGCCGUGGGCCCGGCCAGCGGCGGCAUGCCGCGGUCCCUCGGCGCUGUCGCCGCGCUGGGCGCCGUGGCCGCGCUUCCGGCCCGCGCCGGGCAGCGGCGCGGUCUGGCGGCGCGCGCCGUGCUGCUGGCGGGGGUCGGCGGAGGCCGGCUUUCGGUGCGCUCGCUGGCGUCGGCCGCGCCCGCCACCUCCUGUGCGGCGGGGGGCGGCUCGGUCUCCGUGGGGCUGGUGGGCUUCGGGCUGGUGGGCAAGGAGCUGGCGGCACAGAUCCUGCAGGAGAGCGCGAGCCUGAGCAAGGAGGGCAUCGACCUGAAGGUGGCCAUCAUCGGAGCCGGCAUCACAGGAGCGCCCGCUCUCCGCGGGUCACCAGGGGCCUCUUGCGCCUGGGCCCUGCGCCGCGCGCUGGGCGGCGGCCUGCGCCUCACCGUUUUCGAGAUGGGGCGCGGCGCGGGCGGCCGCGCCGCGACGCGAGGCACCAGGGAGCUGCCUGGCCUCGGCAUCUCCCACGGAGCGCCCGUCUUCCACAUCUCGCUGCCGGAGGCGCAGGAGCUGACGGAGCUGCUCGAGCAACGCGGCGCCGUGGAGAGGUGGGCCGGCACGGUGGGACGCGUGCUGGCGGACGGCGCGACGGAGGCCGGCGGCGCCGCGUCGCGCGGCGCGGCGGAGGGGCAGCCCGUCUACGCAGGCGUGCCGGGCAUGUCCGCCGUGGCCAACGGGAUCCUGAAGGCGGCGGAGCCUUUCGAGCUGAAGACCAACACGACGGUCAGUAGGCUGCAGCGCACAACCCAGGCGGCCGCCGCUGCGGUCAGCAAGCGCCUGCCGGAGGGCACCGUGCAGAGACGGAAAUGCAAGCACCAGAUGGGGGAAGGCCUACUCUACGACAUACACGGGACCAACCUCGAGCUGCACCAGGUCGUCUACUGGUCCAUCCUUGACGAGCGGAGGACCAACAUGGAUGACGAGGAUGAUCUAUUCGACCAGCUCGAGGAUCAGCAUGAGGUCCAGGGUGGGCGGGCGCCGCAGCUCGCCACCAAGCUAGCAGCGCCUGCAGGACCAUCUUCGCGAGCAGGCAGCACCGAGCAGCUUGCCUUCUGGAAGGCGAUGGUCGCGCGCCCCCAGGACCUCAUCGGGGCUACCGCCGGGAAGGACUCAGAGGGCAAACAGCGCAGGAGGCUCCACUUCGGGUCCCUCAUACACUCCAAGGUUACUUCGGCUGCGCCCUGCAUGACCCCCUCGGAGGCCCAUGAGGUUUUCCAGGAGUUCCUGCUGGGGGGUGAGAACAUCCACGACCUAGACCCCGAGGGGACUCGGACCACGGCUCGGCUCUGCAAGUGUCUUCGGGACCAGGCCGACAAGCUCGCCUACCAGGCCAAGAAGAAAGGGGGCCUGGAGACUGCAGUCUCCGCGCCCGUGAUAGACUCGUCUUAUUUCCACCCGCAGCGGCGGCGGAGCGGCCGGCGGGCGGCCUCGCGGGUGCCGUGCCGCUCGACCGGCGCGCCCAAGCUCGUCUCGGUGCUGUCCACGCAGAAGGACUGGCGGGCCGCCGCGGCGGAGGUGACCGCGGAAGCGAAGUACCAGAUACGCGGUUCUCCCGAGCAGGGCUACGCUUUCGGCGUCGCUCUCGUCCACGGCCACGGCACGGCGUCGGUCGCCGACAUCGCCGAGAAGCUGGACGGCAAUCUCUUGACCCGCGGCGCGCUGGCGGUGUGGUGCGAUGGCCUCGAGGCGGCCCAGCAAGCUGCCCCAUAA